AUGUGUAGUAAGCUCCAUUUUUCAACUUCGUUGCGUCACAAUGUCAUACGCGACAACUUCAAAGUUAAAUUCUGGUUGAUAAAUGAUAAAUCCCGAAAAUACUACACAAAUUCGAUAAAUCCCCGUUCUUUUUUAUAUGAACCCCCCGAAGAAGAAACGACCGAUCUCCCCUUGGAAUGUGUCGCUCCUAAGGAAGUCCUGCCUCUUCUUCGCGCGAUCCAACUAAAUAAGAAGGCAGAAGCAUGGAAAAUUUAUCGAGAUCUCAACAACGCGAAGAAACUCCAUCUACUAUCGCCCAUUCAACAUUCCUUAGUAUUAAAAUUCUUUGACAUUAGAAAACUUCCAAAAAAAAACUCGUCCAGCAUUAAACUUUUCUCGGACCAACUUCUUUAUAUUUUCAGGCAAAUGGAGUUAGUUGGUCACCAACCAGGCAUAAUAGACUACACCCACAUGUUAAAUGUCUUUAGCCGAAUAAGACAUAGCAGGAUUUGUGAAAAUCUUUGGGUGGAAUCCUCGAAGAAAGGAAUCACACCUACCAUAUAUAUGUACAAUUCCUACUUGGCCUCUUGCUUGCACCGAGAAAGACCUCUCCUGAAGAAGGCAAAUUACAUUGUGGGGAAGCUCACGAGAAGUGGGUUGAGAGCUAAUUUGACAACUUAUUCAUUACUGGUACGUUUGCAUUGUUGUGCACGAAAUUUCGAAGCCGCUCAGAAUAUUCUCGAUAAUAAAUUUGACUUACAAAGAAAUUUGGAUGCUGAAUCACAUUGGGAAUUGCGAUAUCACAUAUGGGCAAUCGUUCGGGCGCUGAGGUCAAUGAUCAGUGCGUACGGUUAUAAAGGUGACUUAUCAGCGAUGGACAAUUGCUAUAGAAUUUUAAAAUUUUACGACAAGCCAGACAUUCAAUUGUUCAACACCCUCAUCCUCCAUUCUUGCAAUAAUUCGAGCAUCCAAAGGGGACAACAGUAUUUUGACGAGAUGUUAUCUUGCAAUGUCAAGCCGGAUCAACAGAUAUUCCGUCUCCUGAUAAAAUAUUUGUGUGACAAAGGAAAGACUAGAGCUUCCUGUGAACUAUUGGAAACAAUGAAAGAAAAAUACAAUUUAAUUCCCUCGGAUUAUAUCUUGGUGAACAUAUAUAAAACCAUGAUCAUGAAGAAAAGGAUAAAGGAUGCAAAUGAAUUUGCCGAAAAAUGGAAAAUCCCAACCAGUUGGCUGGCAAAAAAUAAAAGCAUUAAACAUAUUUCUCAAUAA